CAUUAAUGUCAAAACUUUACAUUACCGAUGUAAAGUGAAACUAUAAAACUAGCCAAUACAUGUGUUAAGUGUAGCCAUGAAUAAAUAAGAUAGUUAAAUAAUUAUAUCAAAUAUCGUGAAAUGGAUAGAAUAUUACGUGGUAUUAUGAGAUAUCGUGUUUUAGAUCGUGCCAGUAUGGUAAAACAGUUUCAAGAAGUAAAGGAUAAUCCUGUGCCAAAAGCAAUAUUCUAUACAUGUAUGGACAGUAGAAUGAUACCAACAAGAUUCACGGAGACAUCCGUUGGUGAUAUGUUCGUAGUUAGAAAUGCCGGUAAUCUCGUACCACACUCACAAAGUUUUGUGGAUGAAAUGACAAGUUGUGAACCAGCUGGAUUAGAAUUGGGCUGCAUUAUUAACGAUAUCAGACAUGUUAUUGUUUGUGGACACAGCGAUUGUAAAGCGAUGAAUCUUUUAUAUAAACUGAAAAGCAAAGAAGAAUCUAGCACCGAACAAAGGAGAAUAUCGCCGCUUAAGUCCUGGCUGUGUACCCAUGGGAACUCAAGCUUAGAAAAGUUUUUAGCAAUGGGUGGUGAUUUCAAAAAGCCUAUGCUCUUCACGGCUGAAACACCACAAAGGAAGUUUGUGGCGUAUAUAGACCCUGAUAACCAAUUUUGCAUUGAGGACAAAUUGUCCCAAGUAAAUACACUUCAACAGCUCCAAAAUGUUGCAUCAUACGGAAUGCUAAAAAAACGUUUGGAAAAACAUGACUUACAUAUUCAUGCACUUUGGUUUGAUAUAUAUACUGGUGAUAUAUACUACUUUAGCAGGAGAGCAAAAAGAUUUGUAAUAAUUGACGAAUCUACAUAUGAGAAUAUCCUAUCUGAAGUUAAAAGAUACUACUCCUAGACACGUAGUCAUAAUAAUUUUAUUUUUUAGGUUUAAAUAAAAUCAAGAUAUAAUAUUAUUGUGAAUGCCAUAACGAUCAAAGAUUUUAUCGAAAUCAUGUAUGAGUUCAUAACUUAAAUAGGUAUUCAAUAUUUUUAUAUUAUCAUCAAAUAAUCACUAACAAUAGAUCUAAUAGCAUAGAUUUUUAAAUAUUCAUAAUAAAAAGCAUGUAAGUAGUUAAGUUUUGUAUAUUGUGGGGCCAAUUUCUUGUAAUUUCUAAGUUUUAUAUUUCUAAAAAUAAAAUUUAAUUAUUCCGUUUUUUAACUUUCGCACUUAAUAAUUUGAUAUUUAAUAUUCUAAUCUAAUUUUUUGGCAAUCCUACAAUGACGAAUAUUGCCAGAUUCUAGUUCUCUUUCGGUAUGGACAUUAUUCACUUAUUUCACUAUAAAUUGAUUAUACCUACAACGUUGGCAAUAUUGUCCAAAUGACGUUGUAAAAACUAAGUUCUUCUUGGUUGUUAAUGCUUAUUUACCUCUUUGUAUUUAAGUAUCAAUAUUUUAAUAAUUCGUAACCGGUUACAUUUUUCUACGAAACCUGUUACGUUAACAGGUUUUUUCUGAAACAGGUUUCUAAGCUACACACUAAUAUUCUAAUAUCUAUAAUACUCGAGUCGUUUUUAAAAUAACCUGUUUUUCUGAAUAUACAGUUAUUAUUAAUUAUUUCGUUGCAUUUUGGGUAUUUUACAAAUAUAUUAUAGUUUACAUAACACUUUAUAGUUUGAAACGCUCACUUCAAUAAGAGCAAUUAAAUAUACCUAUCAUAAUAUUAUACAUUCAAAAUUCAAAUUAUUACGUUUUUACUCCAAUCAUUAACAAUUACUGCCAAAGCGUCAACAAAACAAAUUUACUAAUUGGCUAGGUAGAGACUAAUUAUUAUUCAAAAUUUGAAUUUUGGCAGUUUAAACGGACGCGCUAACCUAGAUAGAAACAUGUAACAUCGUUCCUUGUUCAAAGUUUUAAAAAGAAAUGAAAUCGGUAGCUUUUCCAAGGCAACAUAGCAAUAGCAGUAGCAACAGUAGGUACACAAUUGUCAGCUGUUUUAACAGCUUACUUACUGUAAUUGUUAAGGUUGUCUGGCCACGCGUGUCUGUCCGCUUGGGUUGUUUUGUUCUAGACGAAGCUAUCCCGCUCAAAGUCACGCGUGGCGAGUGUAGGUAGUUACCGUUACAUUUGGAUUGGCACCGACUUCAAAGCAAUCAAUAUGUAACACAUACAUAUAAUGGUAUAUUUUUAUUAAUAUUAAAGGUAAAGGUUUGCAUAA